UCGCUCUUAGCGGCCAGUAACCAUUCGCAUAAAUUCAAAAUGGCGGACAUGAAUGGGUUGUUUACAAGAACAUGAAUUUCAACGCCUCCCCAGAACCGCGCAAAUUCAUCCAGAAUCUUCCUGAUGAGAUAAAAGAGUCAGUAUGGUGAGUGGUACCGUGAGUUAGCAGUAUGGCUUUCCUUGAUGACGAAGAUUUUCUUAUUUCACACAUACGACAUAGCUGCGUGACAAGUGAUGAUACUGGAAUGUGUGAAAUGGUGAUUGUUAAUGAAGAAGCUGAAAAUGAUAAAAUUAAACAAAGACGUAAACUAUUGGGCAGAAAGUUGCAAUCUGAUUCUGGAUCAAUUGAAAUGGAUAUGGCAGAUAUUCCUAGCGUUCCACCGUCAUUUGACAUUGAUGUCAGUCCUCUCAGUAUGCGCAACCCUAAACCUGGAGGCAAACCAGGCAAAAGUUUAAUAGACAGACAUGAAAUGAAGACUAGAAACAUCCUCUGGAAAGACCCACAAGAACCAUUGCCAAGUUCUGAGAUUGAAAGCCUGUUUAAGAAAAGAACACUCAACAAUAAAGCACAAGCAACGUCAUCCUCACAGCUUUCAAACUUACUCAAACAAACUUUAAGAAAGCCAAACAAUCCAUACCUUGAUUAUGCAAGAUUUGAUGGAGAGGCUUACCAAAGAACUUGCCCAACAAAGAAGCUAAGAAUUUUUCUUACAAUGGUUGAUGAGGAUGAUAAAUGUUUUCCAAUGUUUGUCACUGUACUCGGGUCAGCAACAGUUCAUGAAUUAACAGGUCUUAUUAUGUACAAAUACACUGCAGAAAAUCUUGAGCCACCACUUCAUGGUCAACCAGACAGAUAUUGCCUCCAGAUCGCUGAGGAUGAUGGUGUAGUUGAUACUGAUUUCCCAGCUCUUGACAAAGAUGAAUCAAUAACUAAAUUUGGUUUCACAUGCUUGGCAUUAGUUGAGAUUGGUCCUAAAGCUGCACCUCCAAAACAAGCUGUUGCUGCUUCACCUCCAAGUGCUGGUGCAAUUGUAAAAGUAUAUGAGCCUYUGCGAGGAUAUGCUCAGGUUAAAGUGGACAGCACAAAAGUUAAGAUGAAAGUUGUUUUUGAUAAAAUGUUGAAGAAGAGAAAUCUAAGGAGAACAGGCCAUGAAUAUGUGCUAGAAAAGGCAUCAGAACCUGGAGUAUCACUGGAUCUUGAAGCACCACUGGCAUCCAUGGGGACACUGGAGUUUGUCUUAACAAGAGGAGAUAGAACAAAACCAAACCCUGCUGAAAAAGACGUCAAAUUUGACUUCACUAGUUUUCAAUAUAAGUCUUAUAGAGUUCAUAUGCUUCAUAAACUGAGAACUGUUACAGAAGUACAAUUAGGUAUUUCAAAAGAAAUUUUAGAGAUAGUUCCUGUUAGUGCACCAAAAACUACUAAACUAUGGCUUGUCAAGCAAAGACCAGUAUCGUAUGACAUGGACUACAUUGUAGAUUGUGAAAUGACUGAUUCAAGAAAUACUGGGCGAAUAGCUUUCAGGAUAUCAUAUUUCAGUCAGAAUUCACAUGAAUACAAACAUCAUGACUUUGAAGCUGAUAGUCAAAUGACAGAUGAAAUAGUCAAAAAAGUCAACCACAUUUUUAGGUCUACUGUAAGUGAAAAGCGACGGGAAUUUCAGGCAUCCAAAGAAAAGAAAGCAGAGAAAAGAAAGAGCAUUAGAUAGUAGUAACUKUAGUAGGAUUGUAAUACACAUGAUUGUUUACUAGAUAAUUAAUUUCACCAUAUCACAAAUUAAUGAGAAGAGAAUUUGAUAUUAGAAUGAUUUCUCAGCUUAUGGCUAUAAUCAGACCAUCAAUCGAACAGCAAUGUCUGUGCAAAUGGAGAAUAGUAAUGAUAUUUCUUGUUAAUGAUGAUUUACAUGUAAAUUGGAUUUUAUUAGCCUGUGUACAUCCGUUUCCCACCCCUCCCCCCUCCCCCCCCCUACGGAGAAAAUUCGGGGAGGAAGGCCUCUCUCCCUGAUUUUUUCUGAGGGGUGAGAAACAGAUGUACACAGGCUAGAUUUUAUCUGCUGGAUGUAGUUUGAUCUAGUGGAAACCACUAUUCACCCUUCGCUCAACUGACCACAAAACUGUAAAUAAUUUUGAAAACCUUCUUCUAUGUCCUGAAGUGAUUAAUCUUAAUACUGUAUUAGUAGGUACAACAUACACUUCCCAGUUAAUGGUAGUUUGAUCUAACUAACAAAUAUUUAUAAAGAUAAUGAUCACACAGUUACGCACAAAGGUUUUAUUCAGGCUCURCAUUGGGCAUAAAACACUUUCUUCCUUAAAGAACUGUUAGUGGCUUGAGCCUUUUCUUCCUUACAAUACACAACUUUCAAAAAUGGCUGUAGUAACGACUGUCAAUAUUGGGGGACUAGUGACGAAUAAUGGAAACGAGACCUCAAAGGCCUUACAUCUAGAAAUCACUACGAAGCUUGCUUGUAUGGAAAUGUCCAAACGUUUAAAAGAUGAAUUGUAUGUUAUUUUAAUAACAAAACACUCUUGCAAGACACAAUCAAAGUGUACUAUAUGGAGGCUGGCCUUUGAGACCAUUUUAGUGCUUCGUCCAAGGGCUCUGGUCGGCAACCGUGAUAUAUCGGGCCAUUUUUGAAAGUUGUGAAUAAUUUGUCGUGAGUACUGAUCUUUACAGAUUUCAUGGAUAGUAAUUGCAAGAAAUACAGUUUUCCUUAGGAAGUACUAAAAUAACUACAUGCAAUGUAGUUCUAUGGUUUGAAUUUAUAAUUGGUUCAAAAUUAUAUUUAAACUGUCUGGUUAUUUUUUGAAACUGUUCAGAUUAAUAAAGCAUAUGAAAAAUGGUAAAUAAAAACAAAGUGAUAUGUUA